UCCUUACCUUCUUCACCUGAUUAAUUCUAGGGAAUCUGUGAGAACUCACGUAGCAUACAGUUCCACGAGAUGCUGAGACCUGCUUCCAUUGCUUCCCUGACCUGCUUAAUAUUCUUCAUCAAACACUUCACACUUCUCGUGGGCGAGGGCGAUGUCAGGGCCAUGUUUGUUUUCGGCGACUCCAUUCUGGACAGCGGCAACAAUGACUUUGUGAAUACAACCCUCAGUGCUAAAUACUUUCCAUACGGUAUUGAUUUCCCAGUUGGUCCUACCGGGAGGACCAGCAAUGCAAGAAAUCCGGCAGACAUACUGGGGCAACUGUUGGGGCUACCACCAUUCCUUCCUGUCUUUUAUGAUCCUCUAACUAAAGGGAGCUCAAUUCUCGCCGGAGUCAAUUACGCAUCGAUCGGCUCCGGCAUCCUUGAUUCGACUAACCAAGAUGCAAAUGUGGUAUCUUUAAGCCAUCAAAUCACCAAUUUUCAAAAUGCAACCUUACCGGAUCUGAAGUCUCAACUUAACAGCAGUUCGGAACUCUCCGCCUACUUAGCGCAAAGCAUAUUUUUGGUUAGCUCUGGAGGCGUCGACUACUUGUCAAAUUGCUUACAGUCGGGUAGGAUUGAAUGUCAGUUGGAGGAAUUCACGGAGUUGCUAGUAGGAAAUUACAGUCAAGAACUCAAGAGGCUGUAUGAAUCUGGAGCAAGAAAAUUUGCAGUGUUGAAUACCCAACCAAGCGGUUGUCAGCCUUCUGCCAGAAUGCUGAACAACGGGUCAUGCAUAAAGGACUAUAACGACGCAUCAAUUUUGUUCAACAACGUGCUACGGAUUGCGCUGGAAGAACUAAGCCAAGAGAUGCCGGGCUUCACAUUUUCCUACAUCAACAUGUUUGGAAUAAUUAGUAGCAUGAUCGAUGAUCCCGCAGCUUAUGGACUGAAGAUCAUCAACGAAUCGUGUUGUGCUAUAUCAACGCUGAUUGGAACGGCUGCCUGUGAGGAAGGAGUUGAACCAUGUUUAGACAGGAGUAGAUUUGCUUACUACGAUGCCAUGCACCCUACAGAGACGACGUACAAGCAGAUUUGUGAAAGGGCUUAUUCUUCUCAGCUCACCACGGACGUGUACCCAUUCAAUGUGAAGCGUCUAGCAAGCCUCUCAUCGGACAUCAGUAUUUCCCCGUCCUUGUCUUCAAGGGCGCCAUGGGAUGUUGCUUAGAAGAAGUCUUUGUUGGGUGCUGUCAUCUGUAGAGCAUGUUGAGAAGUGAAAAAGCACGGGCCAUCAUUCUAAAUCAAAACUAGAUUAUUAUGGUCUCC